AUGGCGGCGGCGGCUGCGGCACCGGACGCUCGCCGUGCCCGGGCCCGCGGGAGGUCGUGGGACUUCGCGCAGUCGCUGUGGGACCCGUACGAGCUCGUCGCCGUGGCGCGGAGGCUCGAGUCCGGCCUCGUCAUCGCCGACCACGCCGCCCCCGCGCCACAGGAUGGGGGCGACGCGCGGGGAGCAGCGGAGAAGCGGGGCAGGGAGAGCGGCCGCAGCCUGAGGAACCUGUUCCUUCGCUCCACCUCGAAGAGGUUCGGGUUCGAGGAACCAAGCAGCUAG